AUGACAAGGAAUCUGCGCUGGCUAAGUGGAAAUGGCCCCCAGGUCCUAUCAGAUGGCGUUUCCUUUGGGAUGUCGUGGGCGCGGGGUAAGCAUCAGCCAGGCCAAGCCUUCGUUAUUGAGGCCGAUCUUGGGGAAUGGCCUGUUGACUCACGUGAAGUCGCUUACUGGGCCGAUGGCUCUCUCAAAUGGACGGCUCACUCCAUCAGCGGUGAUGUUAGAUACAGCGAGAAAUAUACAGUCAAAGCUGCGCCAGCGCAGGAGAGGGCUGGAGGCGUCAAAGUUCUGAGAGAUGGUACAUCUUUUUCAGUCAUCUCUAAUCAAGGACUACAUCUCCAGUUUGGACAGGCGGGAAGUUCUUCAAUCCUUGAGCGACUGGACAUUGAUGACAACACCGUCUGCUGUGGUGCCACGAUUAUUGCAUCCAUCAAUGGAACUGAGCACAUAACACGCAUAAAUGCGGUCGAGAUAGAGAAUCAGACAUUCAGCCGAGUCGUCGUCAAGGUGACUGGCGCAGUAGAAGCGGCAGAAUCUGGAAAUCGUCUUCCUUUCGAUAUAAGAUUCUACGUGCAUUCAAAUUCACCUUCAGUCAAAGUAAUUCACUCGUUCGUGCACGACCUGGAUGCCAAGGACCCACUCACAUCACUUGGACUACGGUUCGCUGUUCCUCUCGAGCAGACUGAAUUGUACAACCGCCAUAUUCGCCUCGGCGGCUCAGGGGGAGCAAUUCUGAAAGAGGAAGUGAAAGGGCUAUCCGGGCUGAGACAUGGCCCAACAAUCCAAAACCGAAUCGAUCAAACGGAAGGAUCGGUUGUCACUCUACGCGAAGAAGAGUGGGCAAGGACGAAUCUAGCCGAGGGUCUUUCCUACAUUCCUUCGUGGAAUUCUUACUCGCUUUCGCAACUCUCAUCUGAUGGCUUCACGAUUAAGAAACGAACAAAACCAGGCUGCUCUUGGGUCAAGGUUAUUGGAGGUGGACGAGCAGAUGGAAUUGCAUAUGUUGGAUCUGCACAGAGUGGCGGAAUUGCUGUCGGCAUGUCCGACUUCUGGGAGCGGUAUCCAACACAGAUCGAUCUCGACAACUUGAGUUCAAAUACUGGCGUCAUAACAAUGUGGCUGUACUCGCCUCUCGCCGAGCCAUUGGAGACGGCACCAUAUCAUGAUGGUCUUGGCUUGGACUCCUACCAAAAGCAGUUAGAAGCCCUUGACGUGACGUACGAGGACUUCGAGCCAGGACUUGCAACAGCGAAUGGUAUUGCAAGAACGAAUCUAUUCUUUUUGAAGCCGUUCCAAAAAACACCUUCUAACCAGGAACUGAGUGCUUUCUCGUCACUGGUUCGUGACCCACCGCGGCUAGUUGCAACAGCAGAGCACAUGCAUGCCGCAGACGUCUUUCAUGGAUGUUGGUCUCCUGUUUCGCCUGAUAAAAACUUUGACAAAACUGCAAGAGUGGCUGAAGUGGAAAGAAACCUGGAACUGUUGUUCAACUAUUACAAAGGCCAGGUUGAACAAAAUCGAUGGUACGGAUUCUGGGACCAUGGUGAUGUCCAACACACGUACGAUUCUUAUCGACAUGGCUGGAGAUAUGACAUUGGUGGCUUUGCUUGGGACAACUCUGAGCUAUCUACGGACUUGUGGCUUUGGCUAUAUUUCCUUCACACCGGCCGAGCAGAUGUGUUCAAAAUGGCCGAAGCUAUGACGAGGCAUACUGGUGAGGUAGAUGUGUAUCACUCUGGGAGCUACAAAGGAUUCGGAACCCGACAUGGCGUUCAACAUUUCAGCGACAGUUCCAAACAACUUCGAAUCUCGAAUGUUCUCUAUCGCCGUAUUUACUUCUACCUCACCGGAGACGAGCGCGUUGGUGACUUGAUUUCUGAGCUUCAAGAUUGCCAGAAGUCUCUCUUGGUACUAGAUUCCCAUCGCAAGGUGCAAAAACACGCUGGAGUUCCAGGAGGAUUUGCCAUAACGAACAUAGGUCUGGACUGCGGGCCUCUUGCUGCUGCCUGGCUGACAGCUUGGGAAAGACGGAGUGACGGCUGGGAGACCUGCAAGGACCUCCUCAUUAAGCUUCUCGACGGCAUCGCUGACUUGAAACAUGGCAUUGGAAAUAACGCAAUUCUAUUUAAUCCAACUAGCGGUGAAGUGCGAGAAUGUCCUCCCCCAACGCCAGAGUGGGCAAUCUCUCAUCUUUCUAUGCUGUUCGGUUUCCCUGAAAUCAUGGCGGAGCUCUUUCACUACGCGCAAGAGGAGUAUCCUUUGGUAAUACAAAAAACCGAGAAGGUGUAUACAGCAUACUGCCGAGCCUACAAUGGCGGUGCAAAAGUUCAACGCGAUGAAUUUGGCUUCAAAUUCCCUUCGCAUGCCACAUGGAGACAAAGCCAUUCCACCCUCACUGCUUUUGCAGCAGCUGGUUCAAGAGCAAAUGAUGUAGAUCUUGCAAGCGCUGCUGCGGAGCAAUUCUUCAACACUGAUGGCUACACGGCAAAACAGGACUGGAGGAUUGUGAAGACCGCACCUCCGGAAUUUUUUAGUCACGGCGAGGAAGCUCCCUGGAAUAGUACUAAUGAGACUGCUCGCUAUGGAAUAUCUGCUAUAGUUAACUUAGCAACCCUUGGACAGAUGUUUCGGUAA